AUGACUGCUUCAGGAGGCUCUGAGGCCGAUGGCCGUGACAGCCCCAAAUACACUUCGGCCCUUGAUGAGAAGGAGUUAUCUACCGUCCAGGCCAUUGCCGCCAAUGGUGCCCACGAGAGUGACGAUGAAGCUACCGGCCUCCGUAAGGAACUUCCUACAGAUGAGGAGAUAGCGACCUUGCGUCGUGUCCCUGAUAAGAUCCCAUGGAUUGCUUUCAGCAUUGCCUUCGUCGAAUUGUGUGAGCGAUUCUCAUACUAUGGAACAACUGCAGUUUUCGUCAACUUCAUUCAACAGCCACUUCCAAAGGGCUCGACUGCUGGUAACAGCGUCGGGCCUGGUAUUAUCACCAGCCGUGUCCCCGGUGCCCUCGGCCUAGGUCAACGAGCGUCUACCGCCAUCAGUACAUGUAUGCAUUUUUUCUUUCCAAAUAUCAAACACCAUCUGAGCCUUGCUAACUUAACUCCAGUUAACUCUUUCUGGGCCUAUAUCAUGCCUUUGGUUGGAGCCUACAUCGCGGAGGAGCAUCUUGGACGUUUCAGAACAAUCAUGUACUCGAUUGCCUGUGCGCUUGUUGGACACACCAUCCUUAUCAUCUCCGCCAUCCCUCCAGUUAUCAAGAAUCCGAAUGGUGCACUUCCAUGCUUCGUCAUUGGCCUUGUUAUCAUGGGUGUCGGAACUGGUGGAUUCAAAUCCAACAUUUCCCCCCUGAUUGCUGAGCAAUAUACAGAAACCCAGAUGUAUAUCCGAACGGAAAAGUCAGGAGAACGAGUUAUUGUUGACCCUGCUGCAACAGUGUCUCGUAUCUUCAUUUUGUUCUACCUCAUGAUCAACAUCGGCUCGCUCUGUGGUCAAAUCGGCAUGGUUUUCGCUGAAAAAUAUGUCGGAUUCUAUCUCUCCUUCCUCCUUCCAACACUUAUGUUUUGCCUAUGCCCGUUGGUGCUGUUCAUUUGCCGCAAGAGAUACGUCCGAACCAAACCAGGUGGCUCAAUUUACUACAAGGCCAUGAAACUCAUCGGACUCGUCGCCAAGGGCAAGGGCUCUUGGAACGUCGCUAAGAUGGGCCGUGACUUCAAGCACCCAGACAGCUGGAAUGCUUGCAAACCCAGUCGCCUUGCAAACAAGCCAGCCUGGAUGACAUUUGAUGACGCUUGGGUUGACGAAGUUCGACGAGGCAUUAUUGCUUGUUCCGUCUUCCUGUGGUACCCUCUUUUCUGGGUAGCAUAUAACCAAGGAACUACCAACCUUACCUCUCAGGCUGCCACUCUGGAGCUCGCUGGAGUACCAAAUGAUAUCAUCAACAAUCUCAACCCCAUCACCCUCAUUGUUUUCAUCCCAAUCAUGGACAGGAUCGUUUAUCCCUCUCUCCGAAAGAGUGGCAUCCGGUUCACCCCCAUCAAGCGUAUCACCACCGGUUUCUUCCUUGCUGGUUGUGGAAUGGUUUCUUCUGCUGUCCUGCAGUAUUAUAUUUACAAAACCAACCCAUGUGGUAACGACGCAAGCAAAUGCAAGACAGAGUAUGGAAAGAACUCUCCCAUCAGUGUCUGGGUUCAAGCUGUUGCCUAUGUCCUCGGUGGUGUCUCUGAAAUUUUUGCAUCAGUGACAUCUCUUGAAUAUGCAUUCAUGAAGGCCCCGAGAAACAUGCGAUCUCUAGUUCAAGCGUUCGCACUCUUCAUGAACGCCAUCUCCUCCGCUCUGCUCCAGGCCCUGGUUGGCUUGUCAGCUGAUCCUCUUCUCAUUUGGAACUACACUGUUACCGCCUGCCUAUCGUUUAUUGGAUGUAUUGGCUUCUGGAUUAGCAACCGCAAGGCUGACCAGGCUGAGGACGAACUGAACCAACUUGCCGUGGCAGACUUCCAUGCUGGAGACAAGGAAGGGGAAAAAGCCGCAUAA